CGAAGAGAAGCGAAGAGGCGAGAGAUAAAUCCUCCCUUCACUUCCGCCUUCAUUUGAGGCUUUGCGCCAUCCAGUUUCCCCAUUUUUCUUUCUGGAACAGAUUUUGCUCUUGAAAAGGUGUGUCUGCGCAUGUUGGCUCACUGGCCUGGCUUAUUGGAAUACUUCACUCAUUAAUCUUGUGAACAAGUCAUUCUCCUGGCCAGUUGACUACACAUGCACCUGCUUGGAAUUUCCUCCCUCUUCCCUCCCUCUCUCUCUCUCACAGACACACAUACGUAAGACGUUUCGGUCCUUUGUCUUGAGAAGUUGAUGUGCUAGGACCUCCAUUUAUCCACAGAGGGCUGUCUAUUUCUGAGUGCAGAACACAUGGGACAGUUUGAAUAACAGUUUUAAUUCUAGUUUUGGUCUGACUUCUACCAAAAUGUCAGGGGACUCUCUGGUAGCUCGCUCAUUUGUGGUAGCAGACUAUGUUGUGUUUGCUCUCAUGCUGGUGUUGUCUGCUGCUGUCGGGGUCUACUACGCCUGGGCGGACGGGGGCCAGAGAAGCUCUGGGGACUUUUUAAUGGGAGGUCGCAGACUGACGGCCCUGCCUGUCUCCCUGUCCCUGACCGCCAGCUUCAUGUCAGCCAUUACAGUAUUGUCAAAUCCAGCGGAGGUGUACCGCUAUGGAGCCAAUAUUGGAUUUUAUGGUCUCUCCUAUGUAAUGACGAUAGUGGUCACAUCUGAGGUCUUUCUUCCAGUCUUUUACAGGCUCGCUGUCACCAGCACGUAUGAGUAUCUGGAGCUGCGUUUCAGCAGAGCAACCCGUCUGCUAGGAACUGUGCUCUUCAUUGUGCAGACAAUUCUCUACACUGGAAUCGUCAUUUAUGCCCCAGCUCUAGCUUUAAACCAAGUAACCGGUAUGGAUCUAUGGGGUGCAGUCAUUUCCACAGGUGUAGUGUGUACCUUUUACUGCACAAUGGGUGGUUUGAAGGCGGUGGUAUGGACUGAUGUCUUUCAGCUUGGUGUCAUGCUUGCAGGGUUCCUGUCUGUCAUCAUCAGUUCUGUGGUCUUACAAGGUGGAAUCUUCCCCAUCAUUUUGGAUUCUGAAAAAGGAGGGAGACUCAAUUUUUGGGACUUUGACACAAACCCUCUGAGAAGACACACUUUUUGGACCAUAACCAUUGGUGGGACAUUUGUUUGGGUCAGUAUCUAUGGAAUCAACCAGGCCCAGGUUCAGAGAUACAUCUCCUGCAAGAGCAUCGCACAUGCCAGAGUAUCUCUGUACAUCAACCUGUUAGGCUUGUGGUCCAUCCUGCUAUGCUCAGUUUUUGCAGGAAUGUGCCUCUACUCCAUCUAUAAGAACUGUGACCCAUGGACAGCUGGUCUGGUUUCUGCUCCUGAUCAGCUGAUGCCAUAUUUGGUGAUGGACAUCUUGGGAGACUAUCCUGGCCUUCCUGGACUAUUUGUUGCAGCAGCAUAUAGUGGAUCUCUAAGCACAGUGUCUUCCAGCAUCAAUGCACUGGCUGCAGUGACAGUUGAGGACCUGAUCAAACCAUAUACUAACAUGUCUGAGAAACACCUAUCCUGGAUCUCUAAAGGACUGAGUCUCGCAUAUGGGACUUUAUGCAUUGGAAUGGCUGGACUGGCUUCACUCAUGGGGGGGAUCUUACAGGCAGUCAUCAGUAUAUUUGGGGUCAUUGGAGGUCCUUCACUUGGCCUGUUCGCAUUGGGUAUCCUUUGUCCAUUUGCCAAUUCCAAAGGAGCUUUGUCAGGUCUUGUGUCAGGGUUGGUCGUGUCCCUGUGGGUGGGCAUCAGAGCCCAGAUAUACCCUCCCCUUCCUGAGAUGACCCGACCUCUGCCACUGACCACUGAGGGCUGUAACUUCACCACUACAGGCAGCCUGAACUGGACCUCCACAGCUCUGCCAACGCAUCCAAACUCCAUUACCACAGCCCCGGUAAACAACCUUGGUAGCAGGCCUGUUCUGGCAGAUAACUGGUACUCUCUGUCCUACCUUUACUUCAGUCCCACUGGAACCAUAAUAGCUAUCAGUGUGGGGCUGAUAGUCAGCCUGUUCACAGGAGGCUGGUGGCUGAAGGUGGAAUCCAGACUUACAUUAAUGAAAGAAGACACAACUCUCUAUUACCUAAUCAAGUUUUUCAAAGACAGAGUCAUGAGGCGAACAGGAAAGCUUGACCUGACAAAAGACAGAGAGAAGAAAUUUGGCAACACAAAUCCUGCUUUCUGUGAUGUUGAACUGGACUUAACAAAAAGCAGCAUUCCCCCAUGAAAUGCAACCUAUAUUUUUGUAUAAUUCUUGAUUAAGUCUAAUUUUUUCUCUGGUCUAAUUGAAGAAAUGUCAAUGAAGGAGUUGAAUUACAGAAAAAAAUGUGUCUGACUUUCUAUAAUGUGUUACAACAUAAGAUGUCACAGUUUUGAGUCUAAAUUUGUUCAAGAUUUAUGUUUGGUCAUUGAACAUAACAAGGUUCAAGGUUAAAUUGACCAGCCAGCUGGAGCAUUUCUGUGGGGAGUUUGCAUGUUCUCCUGGGUCUGACUUUCCUCCCACAGACCAAAGAUAUGCAGGUCAGGUUACCCUUAAUUUCCAGUAUGUAUGAAUGUGAUUGGGAAUGUUUGUCAGUUAGCCCUGUGAUAAGCUGACAACCUGUCCAGCCCUCACUGCACAGGAUAAAUAUUCAUAAUGGAUUGAUGGACCGAUUUAUUUUUGUUCUCCAUCAGAUUACAGGCCAUUCAAGACAUCUGAACAUGCAUUUCCAGCAUUGGAUUUAUUUAUUUCUUAAACUAAAAAUACCGUUACAUUACAAGUAAUUAGUACCUAAUGUGUACGUGUGCGUGUCUGUUUGGUAUCUGGAAAACAAUGCCUACUCAUGGCAUGCUCAUUUCAUGUAUCUGUCUGGAAUGUUAACUGAAAGAACACACACUGACUCACACGUAAUAGAUGUAAUGUUUGUUUAUUUUCCUACAGUUCAGUGUUAGAUUAUAAAAGAAGGUGACGCACAAAGAUUUCCAUUUAUUCACAGAGGACUGUCUGAGAGAAAAGGUGCACACUGAACAGUUUGAAUAACUUUCUGAACAGUUUUAUUUCUAGUUUUGGUCUGACUUACACCAAAAUGUAAAGGGACUCUCUGGUAGCUCGCUCAUUUGUGGUAGUAGACUAUAUGGUGUUUGCUCUCAUGCUGGUGGUGUCCACUGAUGUCAGCGUCUACUACACCUAGGUCAGUAAGGGCCAAGGAAACUCCAAAGACUUCUUAACUUGGGGCAGCUAACUGAAAGCCCUUCCUGUCUCGAUGUCCCUGACCACCAGCUUCACCCGCCCAACCCAGCUGAAGUAAGGUGCCAGUAGAUACUCACUGCAUUUUUAGUUGUUCUUGGUUGAGGUGUCUUACCGCACAUUUAUGUUCUUGCAAAAUGAAAAGACACUGAAACAGCAAACCUCCUUUGAAUCAAAGACUAAUGAAUUUCUUUUCCGGUUAUGUUCAUUUCUUUUGGGUAGGGUGACCCACCAAAAGCCUGGAGGAAACUCAAGGACAUGUUUCAGUUUCAGUAAAAAAAAAAAAAAAGAAUGGUUUUACAGAAGAAUGAAAAUAUAAUAAAAUCACAGAUAUUGCAGACUUUUCUUCCGCAGUUUUUCCAGCGAAAACAGAUACUCCAGAUUUCUGAGCCAAUGCAAAUACAAAAUCCAUAUAAAAUCCUACAAGUCAUGCUCACCGAACAGGAACAAUAGAACCAGUAUUUACAGAUAUAUUAUGUAACAUGUUGUAUUUAAGCCUUUCACCUUUCGCUCAUAAAUUAUUGAGUUCAGUAUUACUCACAUAACAGAGCAAUAGCAAAAUAACUCCACAGUGCAUGACAAUGAUAAUGAAAAAUCAACUGAAAAACAGUGAAUUACAGUCCCAAGUAUGACUUGGUUAAAUAUUACACACCAUCAGGGCUAAAAAAAAGUAUAAAUGUUUUGUCUUCCUGCAGGUGGCCAC